AUGAGUUUUACGCCCCCUUCGGAUCCAAAGAAACCCAAAAAUGUCAAGAUCUCACAACUAUGUGAGCUGUGUCACGCUCGAAAAGCGCUAAUCAAAAGGCCCAAAAAUCUUCAGAAAAUAUGUAAACUGUGUUUCUUCCACGUAUUCGAAACCGAGAUUCACAAUACUAUUUUGUCCAAUAAAUUGUUCCAGUUCGGCGAGAGGGUUGCCGUAGGCGCUUCCGGCGGGAAGGACUCUACAGUCUUGGCUUACCUUCUGAAACUUCUCAAUGAAAGACACAACUACGGGAUCCAAAUCGUGCUUUUGAGCAUUGACGAAGGUAUUGUAGGAUACCGCGAUGACUCCUUAGCCACUGUUAAAAGAAACAAAGAACAAUACGACCUACCUUUGGAAAUUGUGUCCUAUCGGGAGCUAUAUGACUGGACCAUGGAUGAGAUAGUAGCUUGUGCAGGCGUUCGCAAUAGCUGUACGUACUGCGGUGUGUUUCGCCGCCAAGCUUUGGAUCGCGGUGCUGCAAAAUUAGGAAUCAAGCACGUUGUAACGGGCCACAAUGCUGACGAUAUGGCAGAGACAGUUCUUAUGAACAUCCUACGCGGAGACGUGGCUCGCCUAGAGAAAUCUACUUCGAUCAUGACUCAGAGUAGUGGCUCACCAAUCAAGAGAUCCAAACCUUUCAAGUACGCAUAUCAGAAGGAGAUUGUGCUCUAUGCCCACUACAAGAAGCUGGAUUAUUUCUCCACUGAAUGUACGUAUGCUCCCGAAGCAUUUCGAGGAACUGCUCGAGAGCUUAUGAAAAACUUGGAGGCCGUACGGCCCAGUUGCAUCAUUGAUAUCAUCUACAGCGGUGAGAAUCUGCGACUACGGCCUAAGAAAACUAAAAAAGCACCACCAAAAAGCCAUAUGGAAGUCAGAAGUGACGGCUCUAUUUCUCUGCCACUACAAGGCUUUUUAGAUGGGAACCGUUGUGAUAGGUGUGGCUACCUGUCUAGUAACAAAAUUUGCAAAGCAUGUAUGCUUCUUGAAGGGUUACAACAGAAUAGGGCUAAACUCUCAAUAGACAAAGACGUUUCGGCGCAUGGAGCUGCCAAACUCACGAGAACCUUGGAAAACCUAACUUUCUGA